UCCAGCAGACACAGUUGGUGAAUUAAAGAAAUUAAUUUCAGCUCAAACUGGCACCGAUCCUUCAAGAAUUAUUUUAAAAAAAUGGUAUACAACUUUUAAAAAUCAUAUCACAUUGGAAGAUUAUGAAAUUAAUGAUGGAAUGAAUCUUGAAUUAUAUUAUUCAUAA